AUGGGUGAGGAUGAGUGGGAGGUGCAGGUUUCCAGUUACCAAAGCCGGAGAGCGCAGCGCUCUUGCAGGUGCGGUGCCUCCCGGCUCCCGGCUCCCGCCCGCGCGCCCGCGCCGAGCCCCACUGCAGGCCGCCGGGCCCGGGGCCACGCGCUCCUUCGCGGACGGUCCGAGGUGCGGGGGCGGGAGGCCUGGGCUGGGCAGACCGCGCGGGCGGCCUUCCGGGAGGCCGGGCAGAGCGGGGCCCGCAAGCUCCGGCUUCCCAGCGGCCCGCGGCUGUUUGCUUGCGGAAGCCGCUCCCCCGCCCGGUGCGGAGGGCCACGGCCCCGGGAGCUCGGCCCGGCGCGCGGCGCGGCUGCCACGUGGCGGUCACCGCGCGCUCCCGCCCCGGCCACGCUGGCCGCGCUCGGGACCCGGCGGGGCGGGGCGGGGCGGGGCGGGGCGGGGCGCGGGUGGGAGCCGGCGCGGCAGCGCCACCCGCCGGCCUCGCGGCGGCACUGCAGGCGCAGCGCCGGCCCCGCCCCCCGCCGGCGCUCCAGGCCCACCCGCCCCGCCCAGCCCCCGCCGGCAGCGCCCCCGUCGGUCGCGUGGCGUCACUGCAGGUGCAGCGUCGGCCCCGCCCCGGCCCCCUCCCCCGCCGGCCACGCGGCAUCGCUGCAGGCGCAAGGCAGGCCCCGCCCCGGCCCCGCCCCGGCCCCGCCCCCGCCUCCGAGGCCCGCUCGGGCAUCCCUGCAGGCGCAGCGCCGGCCCCGCCCCCCGCCGGCGCUCCAGGCCCACCCGCCCUGCCCAGCCCCCGCCGGCAGCGCCCCUGUCGGUCGCGCGGCGUCACUGCAGGUGCAGCGUCGGCCCCGCCCCGGCCCCUCCCCCGCCGGCCACGCGGCAUCGCUGCAGGCGCAAGGCAGGCCCCGCCCCGGCCCCGCCCCCGCCUCCGAGGCCCGCUCGGGCAUCACUGCAGGCCCCGCCCCCGCCCCGCCCCCGCCCCAUCCCCGAGGCCGCUCGAGCAUCACUGCAGGCGCACCCCGCCUCCGUCCCCGCCCCGCCCCCUAG